UUACUAUCUGGUAAUAUGAAAUAUAGAUUGAAUUUUAAAUCAGAAAUUUAUGUUUUCUUUAAGAAGUAUAUUUACAAAUUUAAGGUGCAAUGACAACAUAAAAGUACUAUACAAUGGUGAUAAAUAACUAUUGCUGUGUUUUUUUAGUUGGUAUUUUUGUUAUUUCUGCAACUCAAGUUUAUUGUGAUGACAAUCAAUAUCCCAACCUAAAUCCUAAUUGGACGUAUUGUCUUGAAUAUACCUGGAUUGGACCAGAUCAUAAUAAUAAUUCAAUACUUAAUAUUACUUGCGACGAAUACAAAGACACCUAUAGGCUAGGCGAAGACAUUCCAUGUUCAUCUCCUUUAGUGAUAUCUUAUGAUGGUACAAUUCCAGAUGUAGAAUAUUUAUGGCAAAAUCAUAGAGAUAGUGUGCUAUGUAUACGUGCUGCAAACCAGGUUUGUGUUACUUACACAUAUUGGGAUAAAGGUUUAAUUGCUAACCAAACCCAUAUGUGUGCCCGAGUCAAAACAGAUUCGUCCACGAUGACUAACGGAUGUUAUAAACAACCUAGGGGCAACUAUGAAGUGGAAAUAUGCAUCUGUCCCGGUAAUGUGGGAUUAAGCCAAAUGCCUUGUAACAGCGGAGCAAUCACUCAUACCUUGGGACUAAUGACUGUUGUCUUAUGUCUUCUAAAAUUUAUUUUUUAAAUUAGAAUUUAAAUUUAAAAAAAUGUUAUUAAUAAGAAUCAGUAUAGUAGAUUAAUAACUUCUUAAGAUCAGAAAUA